AUGAGCAAACCUCGUCGCGUGGCGAAACGGCGCGUUGCCACAACGACAUCCUCCAGCCAGACAGAUGAAGCGCCAUUCCCUACACCGACUCAAAGCCUGCCGCUGCCCAGCUCAUCCACAGAUGAUGCAGCAGCCGCAACUGGUCAAGAAGUAUUUCUCGCCGAUGCGAAUCUGGUCCGUUGCAUAGCUCACACGCAUGACUUUUCCCAAAGGAGCUUCGAGGCGAGUCAUGAAGAGCGAGCAGCUACCUUGGGGAGCGUGCUUGAGCAGCUUUUUGAUCCAGAACGGACAAAGAAGCUUGCAGAUCUGGUCGCGAAAUACUAUGGUCACGGGAAAUCGUCGCUGACGCCUGGAUGCCUCAUAGCACCACCAGUGCUGUGUUGUCUGGAAAAGGCUGUGGGAAUGUUCAAGUCUGGCACUCGCGAGGAGCGUGCGCGCUGUCUGGGCGAGAUGAUACUUUCCGAAACAGCCAAUCCUGUUGUGAUAGACGCAAACACGACGCCCGAGAGUUUCAUGGGCAUUUUUAAAGACCAUGCAAUUCGGCUAGAGUAUCUGGGAAUUAUAUUUGCAAUCGCGGCUUGGGCGGGUCAAAUUGAGCCAGACGACAGCGAACGGCGAAAGAGUUUUGUGAGCAGUAUGCUCUACUGCAGUGGGACCUGUUUGCGAAUUACACGCGAGAUUGCGACGGUCAACGACAUGUCGCUGUGGCUCGGCCACCAUUAUUAUAUCCUCGUCGCGACCGACAAGGGGCAUUCCAGCGAGCAAACGUGGAAGUGCAUGGGCGAUCUAAUAUCCGACGCUGUUGCGUUUGGUAUAUUUCAAGACUCGUUCAACAAGAAAGAUGCACCAUUCUUCCUGACCCAGUGGCGGCAGAAAUUCUUCUACGACCUCUACUCCAAGGACAAGUUUUUGGCCAAUCUCUUUGCGCGGCCACCUCGACUACUAAAAAUAUACUCCGACGUUCAAAAACCAUGGGAGCUGCCAGACGAAUUUUUGCUUGGCGCCACAGAAGCAGAUGCCGCUACCAGACUUACACCAGAUGGCUGGGAUAGGCACAGAGUUCUCAGCCCAGCCAGCUGGAUCCGCCUGCGAAGCAUCACAGGCGAGAUUGCGGAAACAGUACUUAAAUUCCGGUUCCAAUCCGCGACAGAAGAUACUGUAACUGAGCUCAAGAAUACGUCGAGGCGCAAUUGGAUGCUGUGGGCGACGAUACCGCAACAUCUGCGGUACAGCCCGAGAAGUUGGACGGAAUGCCCAGACUCGGACGCGUGUUUCAUGCUCACGAGCGUCUUCUUGACAUUUCUUCAUUGCGACUUUUCAAUUUGGAGGAUACUGGAAAAGCAAGACGCCGAGUCCAAGCGGCAGCUAAUUAAAAUUGCAGGCGAGAUUCUAGCGCUCAUUCAGGAACUUGGUUCAUUUCGCAGACGGCAAGCGUCAUUCCACGUACGGUUUGCCUACAUAAUGCUCUGGGACGGCCUAUCUCCUGCCAUUGUCCUCGCAAGGCAACUACUAGACAUGGCCCGAAACGGCCCGGAUGUUGCUGUGGCUUCUUCACCGCCCGACAUGGACCGUGCACGCAUCGUCCGCAUCCUGUCCGUCUUUGUUUCCCAGCUGGAGAGUGUCGCUGCGCCGGGCGAGCCAAACUACGACCUCUGCAAGCAGGCAGGCAUGGCUAUCUCAUACGCGCUGGACGAGUCACUACGCGGGCCGCAAGCGCGUACCACCAGCGACGAGGCUUCCGCUUCGGUGAACGUGAGCGACGCAGAUACUCUAGAUGAGUUUGACCUUUCGGAGUGGACGGGUAUGAUUGAUUGGGCGGGCGGGCAUGGCCAGGGAGACUGGCCGAUAGCUUAG